CGGAGGAGGAGGAGGAGGAGAAGAGGAGGAGGAGGAAGAAGAAGAAGAGGAGGAGGAGGACGGGUGUGUGUCGGUCCCCGGGAAGGAUUCGGUCGUUCUUGGAAAGACUGUUAAGUAAGAACAAGUCUACUUCAAUAAAUGAAGGAGAAUAAAGAAAAUUCCAGCCCUUCUGUAACUUCGGCAAACCUGGACCACACAAAACCAUGUUGGUACUGGGAUAAGAAAGACUUGGCUCAUACACCAUCACAGUUAGAAGGACUCGACCCAGCCACUGAGGCCCGGUACCGCCGAGAGGGUGCCAGGUUCAUCUUUGAUGUAGGAACACGCUUGGGGCUACACUAUGAUACCCUGGCAACUGGAAUAGUUUAUUUUCAUCGCUUCUAUAUGUUUCAUUCCUUCAAACAAUUCCCAAGAUAUGUGACUGGAGCUUGCUGUCUCUUUCUGGCAGGAAAAGUAGAAGAAACCCCAAAGAAAUGCAAAGAUAUUAUCAAAACAGCUCGUAGUUUAUUGAAUGAUGUACAAUUUGGCCAGUUUGGAGAUGACCCAAAGGAAGAAGUCAUGGUCCUGGAGAGAAUCUUAUUGCAGACUAUAAAGUUUGAUUUACAGGUGGAACAUCCUUACCAAUUCCUUCUCAAAUAUGCAAAACAACUUAAAGGUGACAAAAACAAAAUUCAAAAACUGGUUCAGAUGGCAUGGACAUUCGUCAAUGACAGCUUGUGUACCACGCUGUCACUGCAGUGGGAGCCGGAGAUCAUAGCAGUGGCGGUUAUGUAUUUGGCAGGCCGUUUGUGUAAAUUUGAAAUACAGGAGUGGACAUCCAAACCAAUGUACAGGCGAUGGUGGGAACAGUUUGUUCAAGAUGUGCCAGUUGAUGUUCUUGAAGACAUCUGUCAUCAGAUCCUGGAUCUGUACUCCCAAGGGAAGCAGCAGAUGCCUCACCACACACCCCAUCAACUUCAGCAGCCUCCAUCCCUCCAGUCCCCACAAGUGCCACCAAUACAGCCGCCUCUGCCGUCUCAAGGUUCAGAACAGUCCCAGCCCCAGCAGAAAGAGGCCCAGCAGCCGACAUCACAGCAGCAGCAAGCACAAGGCAAGAAACCGUCUCCCCAGCCCAGCCCGCCGAGGCAGGCCAAGCGAUCCGUGGCUGUUUCUCCCAAGGAAGAGAGCAAGGCAACAGAUCCCCCACCAUGUAAAAUCCCCAAAAUUGAGACCUCACAUCCACCAAUUCCACCUGUACAUCCGCCUCCAGAACGGAAGCCACCCCUGAGCACCGCCGUGUCCCUGGGCGAGGGCGAGCAGACGGGCCCAGCGGAGGCCGGAGAGAUGGCCAAGGUCCAGAUCCCUCCGCCGGCCCACCCCACUCCCGUGCACCAGCCCCCGCCACUCCCGCACCGCCCGCCGCCGCCCCCGCCGCCGCCCUCCAGCUACAUAACGGGCAUGUCCACCACCAAUUCCUACAUGUCGGGAGAGGGCUACCAGAGCCUGCAGUCCAUGAUGAAGACCGAGGGUCCGACCUACGGGGCCCUGCCCCCGGCAUACGGACCGCCCGCCCACCUGCCGUACCAUCCUCACGUAUACCCCCCCAACCCUCCGCCUCCGGUUCCGCCCCCACCGCCUACAUCUUUCCCCCCGCCAAACCUGCCGCCGCCCACCCCGGGGUAUCCCCCGCCGCCCACGUACAACCCCAACUUCCCGCCUCCCCGGUUGCCGCCCACCCACGCGGUGCCCCCUCAUCCCCCUCCGGGGCUGGGGCUGCCCCCGGCUAGCUACCCGCCUCCGACCGUACCCCCCGGCGGCCAGCCCCCCGUCCCGCCGCCCAUCCCCCCACCCGGCAUGCCGCCGGUCGGCGGGCUGGGCCGGGCCGCUUGGAUGAGAUAACAUGAUGCCUCCUUUUUACUUUUUUUAAUUAUUAAAAAAAAUAAAAAUAAAAAUCACUUCCCUUCAAAGCGUAGUGGAGAGAGGCAAAAAUAGUUGAACAGCAGGGUACUUCGUAUAACGCUAGACGGAUGCAGUUGGGGAAAGGAAUGGGACGGUGAAAGCGAAUUCUAGUGGACCUUCUUACAGCCUGGGUGAUUGUGACAUAAGUCUGGCUUUUUGUGUAGCUAUCACAGAGCCAAUUACGAUCCAACUCACGCACUUGAUUUCAACUAAAGUCGUCUUAAGUUGUUCCCGCACUGGAUUACUUUAUACUAGUGAAAAUGCUAUCCAGCCAUAUUGGCUCAGUAGUAUCAGUAAGGAGUAAGUUUCCUUCUAGAAAUCAGUGCCUACCUUUACUGGGAGCUGUUUAAAGUCCCGUUCCCUCGAAGUCAAAGCUCGAUUUUCAUUAAGUAAUCCUCUCCAGUGACACUCGAUGCUGAAAUUGCCCGGAGAGCCACUCUCUUAAUUUAAUUGGCAUCGACAUUCCUUUGAAGUCAUUUUUGAGGUGUUUGCCUUGCUGGCGUUAUUUUUGUUUUCGUUUUUGUUUCUGGAAUGUACCUUGGAAAGUAAUGUAUGUUUACACCUAUUUGCAAAUUCCUGUACAUAAAGAUAUAUUUUUAAAGCGUGAAUGUAACAUCAUACUGUGAAUUCCACCUUGGUUACAGAGGGGGCUGCUCCGGUCGGUUAUCCAAAUAAAAUCAGUUCUACUAAGGA